AGUAAUGGCGGAGCUGUCAAAAAAAACCGAGACGCCGUGUUUUGUUUAUUGUGAAAAUUGAAAAAAUUCAGUGAAAAAGUGGUGAAAAUUGUGUGAAAAUGAGUAAAAGACGAAGAACAAGUUCCGUUGCCAGUCGUCAGGAUGAAGAUACCGAUGAUGCAUUCUCAGAAACCUCUCCACUUGCAGCCUUUAUUGGGCGGAAGAAGAAAAAAUGGGAUGCUACUGAACUGUGUCAGGUUCUGUAUGAUGCCAUAAGGAAUCACAAGAAAGAAGAUGGGAAUAUGCUGUGUGACACUUUCAUACGAGCUCCAAAGCGGCGUCAGGAGCCAUCGUACUAUGAAGUCGUUGCAAAUCCCAUUGAUUUGCUGAGGGUCCAGCAGAAGCUCAAAACCGACUCGUAUGAGGACAUUGAAGAGCUCACCAGUGACUUGGAGCUGCUGGUGAAUAAUGCCAAAGCUUUCUACAAGCCAGACAGUAUGGAGCACCAAGAUGCUUGUCUGCUGUGGGAUAUUUUCCUGCUGAACAAGCAGAAAUUGCUGGAAGCUAUGCAGGAUGACACGGGAGAGGCCAAAAAGGGUGCUGCCCGUGUCCCACGAAAGCCACGAAAUCUCUCCACCAAUGAUCCUGAUGAUGCCUCCGAGGGCAGCAAAGAUGAAGAUUUUGAUGCCUAUGAGGAACUCUUUGCAUCUGUCGUUACUGCCACUGAUCCCCUGGACAAUCGUCCACUCUACACGGAGUUUCAGCUACUGCCAUCGAAGAAACUCUACCCAGACUACUACGAUGUGAUUGAGCAUCCGAUUGACUUGAAGUUUAUUGCUACAAAAAUUCAGACGAGCGCCUACACGAAUCUCAAUGAAAUGGAGAAGGAUCUGUUGCAGAUGACGAAGAAUGCUUGCACUUUCAACGAGCCUGGGAGUCAGAUCUACAAAGAUGCUAAAACAUUGAAGAAGAUUUUCAUGUCACGAAAGGCUGAAAUUGAGAGUGGAAAGUACAAGCCAAUAAAGCAAAAGAAACGUGGACAUUGUCUCAGUGCAGUUACUGCUGCCCUUAAGGAAGAACCAGAAAGUUCUGAUGAUGAACUCGAUGAUAAUGUAGAUACCGAGGGUGAUGGCCCAAUGUGGCAGCUUUUUGAUCAACUCUACAACACGGCAAAUGCUUCAGAUCAUCCUAAUGCCUCAGGCGCACCACUUGGUGAGUCCCUGUGGAAAUUGCCCAAUCGACGCUUCCACCAAGAUUACUACAAUACGGUGAAGAAGCCCAUUUCGAUGGCACAGGUCAGGAAUAAGCUGAAGAAGGGUGCUUAUUCCAAUAUCACAGAUAUGACGGCAGAUUUGUAUUUGAUGCUGGACAAUGCCAAGAAGGCCUAUCCGGCUACGCACAAAGUUCACAAGGAUGCCGUUAAGAUGCAAAAGAUACUCAAUCAGAAGCUCAUUGAUACGGGAGUGGGUGCUGAUGAGAGUGAUACUGAAGAUGGGGAUGUGUCAAUGCCAUCAACAAGUUCAGUUUCACCUUCAGCUGUUCCCAUGCCCAAGAAAAAGGGACGUCCUAGGAAUAAUCCCACUGUAACUUCGCCACCGGCAGCCGUUAAUGUCCCGGCUAAUGUUACCCAAACUCCUCAGGGUGGUAGUCAGAUUAUCAUGACAAAGGGCAGAUUUCCCAAUAAUCCAGUGCUCAAGAAGAAACUCUUGGGACUGCAGAAAUUUCUCACGGACUAUAUUGUGGCCGGAAGGAGACCAAUGGCGCUUUUUAUGGAGAAACCAUCGAAAAAACUCUAUCCAGACUACUACGAAGUCAUUCAGCAUCCGAUUGAUAUGAAUACGAUUGAGAUGAAUAUCAAGGCUGAUAGAUAUGGGACCCUUGAUGAUGUAGUGGGUGACUAUAGACUGAUGUUUUCCAAUUGUCGCAAGUACAAUGAAGAGGGAUCGCAAAUUUUUGAAGAUGCCAACAUCUUAGAGAGAGCUCUGAAUGAGAAACUUAAAGAAUUUUCUGGAAUUCCCGAUCGACGAUUGACGCCAAAAAUAAUAAAAUCCGGAGGGAGGAAAGUCAUAACACCGUUGGAUAAUAAAUUAAAAUUAUUCUACGACACCAUUAGAGAAUUUCGUGAAAGUAAAGCUAAUCGUUUGCUUUCGGCAGUCUUCAUGAAGCUCCCAUCGAAGAGUGAUUAUCCAGACUAUUAUGACAUCAUAAAGAAUCCAAUUGAUAUGGAGAAAAUUGCCAAUAAGAUGAAACAUCAGAUUUAUGACAAUGUGGAUGAGAUGGGAUCGGAUUUUAUGUUGAUGUUUGAGAAUGCAUGCAAGUACAAUGAGCCGGAUUCGCAAAUUUACAAAGAUGCCCUUGUACUUCAGCAGAUUUGUCUGCAAACUAAGCAGAGUCUAAACCGGGAUGGUAGUGAGGAAAGUGUUCCGGAUGUUCCUCAAGCUGUGCAGGAAUUGCUAAUGUCACUAUUUACCUUCUUCUAUAACCAUCAAGAUGAAGAGGGUAGAUGCUUUUCAGAUUCACUUGCAGAAUUGCCAGAAUAUGACGAUGUUGAUGGGAAUAAAGUGCGAGCAAUUUCCUUGGAUUUGAUCAAGAGGCGCCUGGACAAGGGAUUGUACAGGCGCUUGGAUAUGUUUCAAGAGGAUGUAUUUUCGUGCUUAGAUCGAGCACGUCGACUUUCACGAACAGACUCUCAAGUCUUUGAGGAUUCAAUUGAGUUGCAGUCGUUUUUUAUUAAGAAACGCGAUGAAAUCUGCAAAAAUGGUGAAGUUCUCAGUUCUCCGGCACUCAGUUAUUCAGCCAUGCAUUUGAGUGCUGCUGUCGAAGCUGUGCGUCAAUCGAAGUUGCUCCAGGAAGAGCAAGAGCAUGAAAAUGAAACGGAGACAGCAUCAAUAAAUGGGGAAAGUAUGAUGAUUGAUCAGAAAGUCUAUUCUCCGGGAGAUUUUGUCUACUACGAUUCACCAGACAAUAAAAUUCCCGGAGUUGUGUACAUUGAGAGAUUGUGGACAAAUAGUGAGAAUGUCAAGAUGAUGUACGGGAAUCUCUUUCUUCGACCCCAUGAAACUUAUCAUGUUACCACGAGAAAAUUCCUGGAACAGGAAUUGUUCAAAAGUGAUCAACAUCAGGCAAUUCCAUUGAGUCAAUUGACCAGCAAGUGUUUCGUGAUGUGUAUCAAGGAUUACAUCAAGUAUCGCCCAGAAGGAUUUGCCGAUAAGGAUGUCUAUGUUUGUGAAUCUCGUUACAAUUCCCGUGCUAGAUCCUUCAAGAAGAUCAAAAAUUGGCCAUUUGUCCGAUCAAAUGAUCCCGUGAAGUUGAUCCAGAGAGAUACGCCAAUUGAAUUGAAGAGGAUUAUGUCGGUAUUUAAGGAACGUGUGGAGAAGCACAAAGGGGAACUGGCAGAAUUGCAGUUGCAGGAGGCUCUGGUGGAGAAGGAAAAGCCCAAUGUUGUGAUCUUUUCCAAUGUUCCGGACGAAGGGAAUGUGCACUAUGAGCAGUAUAACACCAUCUGCAGUGGUGUUGUGAAAAUCGGGGAUUACGUUUACGUAGCAACGGAAGGCGGAAAGCAAGCUAUUGCUCAAAUUACGUCUAUCUGGGAGACUAAAGACGGUAAAUCGUUCUUCCGUGGUCCAUGGCUUUUGACGCCUCCUGAGGUACCCUGUGCUGGGAAUAGGCUAUUCUACCGACAGGAAGUGAUGCUGUCAACACUUCAGGAAAGCAGUCCUCUCAUAGCAAUUGUGGGCAGAUGUUCAGUUCUGGAUUAUGUGGAGUACACGACUUGUCGUCCAACGGAAAUCUCCGAGAGUGAUGUCUACAUCUGUGAAUCGAUCUAUGAUGAGAUUAAAAAGCAAAUAAGGCGUCUGCAGGGAACAGGACUGAGAAAGUUCAGUCACAGUCAAAUGGUCACUCCCGAUGAGAUCUAUCAUUUUAAGAGUCCGGUAACUCCGUUGAGAGUGAGUGCUUCGGAGAUAGCGGCUCUGCAGGAACAACUGAAGCAGUCAACUCAUGCCUCUGAAGUGGACGUGAAGACUGAAGGAGGAGAUUUACUAGGCAUGAUGGAUGAUUCUAUGGAUGGUGGACCACCAUCUGUUGGAUCAGAUUUUGUGGCUACAGCUUCACCGGCCAGCUCUAUGCAUCUGUCAACGCCAAUUUCCACGAAGAAGGGCAAGAGUGGGAAGAAAGUGGUCACUGGGUAUAUUCUCUAUUCCAGCGAAGUGAGAAAGUCCAUCAGUGCCAAUAAUCCUGAUGCCACUUUUGGUGAUAUCUCACGAAUUGUGGGCAAUGAAUGGAGAUCUCUGCCGUCAUCGGAGAAGCAGGCGUGGGAAGAGAAGGCGGCCAAAUGCAAUGAAGAGCAUGCAGCAAAGAUGUCUGAAGAAUCUGGUUGUCCAAGUCCAGCACCAACUAUUGCCCAUGAUCCUGUGCCCAAUCAGGUUUUCGAAUGCUGCUGGGACAAGUGCGAUUGGCAAUUUGAAGAUCCGGCUGAUUGUCUUGAGCACAGUAUUGCUGAUGGAACUGGCCAUGUGCAGACUUACUGUGCCAGUUUGCCCAGCAAUGAGGUGGAGUACAAUUGCCUCUGGCGCGGAUGUAUCAGGCUGAAGAAGCAGGCUCCACCUUUUCCGCAUCUUCAGCGCCUGGUGAAGCACGUGCGAGAGGUGCACAUCAACAAAGCAGGCGGAAGGAUUGUGCAGCCAACUGAUCGGAGCAAGAACUUUGUCACGAUGAAAUCAAGCGGAAAUGCAAAUAUCAGUGUGCAGAUACCGGUACAAAAUAUUCAAAAUAUGACUUCGCUGGAGACUUCACCAAUUGAUAAUCAAGUUAUUACAGCUCCGCCAGUUGAGCCACUUUUUGUGACUGUUCCACCGCGUCCUCAGCGUGUUUUGCACUCUGAGGUGUACAUUAAGUACAUUGAGGGAUUGCAGAAUGAUUCGAGAUUUAUCAGUCCGUGGGAGAAGACUCUCAAGGCAACGCAGGAAAGUGUACCGGCUGUUGAUGUGAGUCGUUUGCCAACGCAUUGGUUGGAUUCACGUGGCAAGGAGCAACCUGAGGAGAUUGUCAAGGCAAUUUGGAAUCUCAGGAAUUACAUGAUGAAGGACAUUGUUCAGAUCAAAAAGAACUACUUGGAGUGAAGGGAGUGACUACUUUAUGCAUUUUUAUUCAUGUAAUUAAAUGGAUUCAUUAAAGGACAUUGUAUUCGA